UCUCCCACGAAAAAACAGCCUUGUAAAUAUUGCUUCUAACUAUGAUUGCAAACCGAAAAAAAGCCCGCGUCUCAUCAUCAAAUCAUGUGUCGAAGAAGCUCGUAGAAGUAUCUGGGUCAGCAUCCGGAUUAUCAAAACGCGCCUGUACGCUGUGUUUCCCUGUGCACCCUGUACCAAAACACUGCCAGCAGCGAACGCUUGCCAGCGAUACGUGCGUAAUCAAUCGGUCUAGUAGCAAAAACAGCGUCGAGAACGCGAAGGCGACCAGACUCGGAUGGAAGAAUUCAGUCUUUAGGGUACUGUCCGUGUGUUCGCAUCAUUCGUGCUACAAAAUGGGUGCUCUAGGAGCGAUAGUGCUGGCCAUCUUGGUGGCCCGGACGGUGGUGGGAAACACGAUGGAGGUGCAUGUGAAUCAACCGAAUGCCGAGGUGUACCAUCGGCAGGAUAUGAAGCGCGGUGAAUUCGACUACGGAUACCACGUGCAGACGGUGAACAACCAGUUCCAGCACAAGGUAAAGGGUCCGGAUGAUGUGACGUACGGUUGCUACGGUUACGUGGAUCCCUCGAACCGUAAACAUCUGGUGUACUACGUCGCGGAUCGUAUGGGCUACCGGAUCAUCUUCCCGAACCGCUCCACAAAGAUCUUCACUGCGAAGCUUGCGGACAGUUUGAACAAGCUGGAUGGAGCUGUCAAGGGUAAAGACUAUGACGAGAAGGUAGUUGAGUGGAAUAAUCUCUACAUGCCUGAAUCGUGCUUCCGGCUGCACGAGAUUCUAGAGCCUGCCGCUAGCAAUCCGGCUCCAGUUCAGCAGGUUGCUCCUGGGCAGGUUCUAUCAACGGCCCAUGUUCAGGUUCAGCCUCUUCCAACCGCGCCGUCCCAACCUGCACAACCACCAUUGCCACAGCCCACCCAGUACACGGUCCCCACAACUCCUCGGACGUGGACAGAUCAAGCUGGCGCUGGCUCUGUUGGUGUCGAAAGCUACGAUCAGUAUGGACAACAAGGCACCAACGACCAAGGUCAGAGGCGUUUCGAUGAAGACGGCUUCCUAGACCAGAAUCAAGCCGGAGGUCAACAACAGCAACAACAACCAUCUCAAAUCUGGCAAGGCAAACUACCGGACAUUAACCCGGCAAACAUUAACCUGGACCAGUUCAAUGGACACGUUUACCCCAUCCACACUGUCACUGGUGAUGAAGGUCAGGCAGCAGGCAUCCAGACGACGACGAGCCAACUCUCCGCCUCCCAGUACAGUCUGAACAUUACACAACUUCUGGCUCAGAUUGAAGCGGUCAACUCACAGGUCAUCACACUGAACAUGCUGCUGGCCGGUAUGGCCAACAACCCGACGGCUUACAGCAACGCUAAUGAGAACAGUUGCCGCAGCGUGGUACAACUGCUGCAGACCCAAAAGCGUACGCCCCAGCUGAUCUACGUACCGAUCCUGAUCCCGUACACCCAGGGCCAGUACAACAUUAACCAACCGAUCGCAGCACCGGGCGGCCGUUCGGAAGCGUACCGAGGUCAUCAUGCGAACGGUGGCUGCCACAACUGUCGGGGCUGAUAAGGGCUGCCGGAGUUGAUUAGUGACGUUGAGGUGGGCAGUGCAUUAGACAACAUUGAAAUGGAAAUUGUUAAUCGGUUUCAGCCGUGAUUAGUACGUGCGAAACAAGGCCAGGAAUGGGUUUUAUUUUGUUGCUGUUAUAGUGAAGUGAUUGCAAAACAGGGCAGAUGAUGAAUAUGGUAGAUAUGAAGGUAAUAAAUGUGCGAGUGCAUUAACCGAACGUAAA